GCGGGCGGGCGGUCUGAGCGCUCCGCUGUUUCCCUCUCCGGGCGGCUGAUAACGGCGGCUGGGGUGUGAGCUUUUGUUUUGGGUGUUUGUGUGACGAUUUCUUUUGUAUUCGCUUCACAUGUGGCUUCAUUAUUGUUGUUGUUGGUAUUAUUAUUAUUGUUUUGUUUGUUUGUUUUUUGUUUGACCUGGACGUUUUUCGGCUGGAGAGCUUUCGCGUCCCCGUUACCUCAGCGGUGCGGUGGGAUAAAGGUGGGGGGAAGGCUUUCCUGAUCGCGUAAUUUUCAGUGAAAGUAGGAAAUUCUGUCGGUACGGCGGAAGAGGUGCUCCAGCAGGGCUUAUCCAAAGGCAGAUGUUCUACCCAGGUCCUGAAGGAGGGAGCAAUCGGAAAAGGAACAUGGAUGUCAAGAGUAGAAAUUAUUUACUUAAGAAUCGCCAAGCAUUGGAAAAAGACAUCAAGACUUCUUAUAUUAUGGAUCGUAUGAUUUCUGACGAAGUGCUAACAUUACAGGAGGAAGAGAGAGUGAAACAGCAGAAUACACAGAAGGAGCGAGCAGCCACGCUAAUAAACAUUAUUCUUACAAAAGAUAAUAAUUCAUAUAGAUCCUUUUAUAAUGCACUGCUUCAUGAAGGGUACAGAGAUCUUGCUGCACUUCUUCAGGAUGGCAUCCCUGCUGUCUCAUCUGGUAACAGAAAGAGUUCGAUGGAUGGAAUGACUUCGUAUGUGAAGACAGUUCUCUGCGAAGGGGGCGUACCACAGAGACCAGUUGUGUUUGUCACUCGGCCGAAACUGGUAGAUGCUAUUAAAAAGAAGCUGUAUUGCUUGGGAAGUGAUCCAGGCUGGGUCACAGUUUAUGGAAUGGCAGGCUGUGGAAAGACUGUUUUAACAGCAGAAGCUUUAAGGGAUCAUCAGCUCUUGGAAGAUUACUUUCCAGGAGGAGUUCAUUGGAUCUCUGUUGGAAAACAAGACAAAGCAGGGCUCCUAAUAAAACUUCAGAAUCUCUGUAGUAGAUUAGAACAUGACUUGACUCUUUCACAAAGGUCACCACUUAACAUUGAGGAGGCUAAAGAUCGUCUUCGUUUGUUGAUGUUGCGCAAAUAUCCCAGAUCUCUUUUGGUCCUGGAUGACAUUUGGGAUUCCUGGGUACUAAAGGCAUUCGAUAAUCAAUGUCAGGUUCUUAUCACCAGCAGGGACAGGAGUGUAACAGAUGCUGUGGCUGGCAAUAAAUUUGAGGUUCAUGUGGAGAGUGGACUAGCACAUGAGAAAGGACUGGAGAUUUUAUCCCUAUUUGUGAAUAUGAAAAUAUCAGAACUGCCAGAACAAGCUAACUCCCUUGUAAGAGAAUGCAAAGGUUCUCCUCUUGUGAUAUCCUUGAUAGGUGCAUUAUUACGAGACUUCCCUAGUCGUUGGGAAUACUAUCUCAGACAGCUGCAGAAUAAGCAGUUUAAAAGAAUAAGAAAAUCUUCUUCUUAUGAUUACGAAGCCCUUGAUGAAGCAAUGUCCAUAAGUGUUGAGCAACUAAAUGACAAUUACAAAGACUACUAUAGAGAUCUCUCUAUUCUCCCAAAAGAUGUUAAAGUACCUACUAAGGUUCUCUGUAUUCUUUGGGAUAUGGAAACUGAAGAAGUUGAAGAUAUACUGCAGGAAUUUGUUAACAAAUCACUCUUGUUCUGUGAUCGUAAUGGGAAGUCAUUCCAUUAUUAUUUACACGAUCUUCAACUCGACUUUCUCACAGAAAAGAAUCGCAACGAACUUCAGGAGCUACAUAAAAACAUAGUAAAUCAGUACAAGAAAUAUUACAAACUGAAGACGCCUGUUCCAUCCCAAGAAGACUGCAUGUACUGGUAUAACUUCCUAGCAUAUCACAUGGCUGGUGCCAAUAUGCAGCAGGAGCUCCGUGAUCUUAUGUUUUCUUUAGGUUGGAUUAAAGCUAAAACAGAAUUAGUAGGGCCUGCUCAUCUGAUUCAUGAAUAUGUAGAAUAUAGUUCAAUCCUGGAUCAAAAGGAUAGCACAGUUCGUGAGAACUUCCAGGAAUUUCUCUCUUUAAAUGGGCACCUUCUUGGACGGCAGCCAUUUCCUGACAUUAUACAGCUGGGUCUUUGCCAACCAGAGACAUCAGAGGUAUAUCAACAAGCCAAGCUACAUGCUCAAAGAGAAACAGGAACAUUUUAUUUGGAGUGGAUGAAUAAAAAAUCCUUGAAAAACCUCUACCGUCUCGUCGUUCGUCCACAUAGAGAUGCAGUUUACCAUGCCUGCUUUUCUAAGGAUAGACAAAGAAUAGCAUCAUGUGGAGCAGAUAAAACACUUCAGGUGUUUAAAGCAGAAAGUGGAGAGAGACUCCUGGAGAUAAAUGCCCAUGAUGAUGAAAUACUUUGUUGCGCUUUCUCUGCAGAUGGUGAAUUUGUAGCAACUUGUUCAAGUGAUAAAAAAGUGAAGAUCUGGAAUUCAAGAACAGGCCAGUGUAGGUGUGUGUACGAAGAACACUCAGAGCAGGUCAAUUGCUGCCAGUUCAAUAACAGAAGUGGUCCGUAUCUUCUAGCCACCUGCUCAAAUGACACUUUCAUCAAACUUUGGGAUAUGAAUGAAAAAUAUUGUAGAAAUACGAUGAUAGGUCAUGAAAAUUCUGUCAAUCACUGCAGAUUUUCACCAAAUGAUGAAUAUGUUGCUAGCUGCUCAACAGAUGGAACAGUAAAGCUUUGGGCAGCAUGCUCAGGAAAUGAACUGAAAAGUAUUGAGAUAAAAGAUUUCUUCAAAAAUGCAGAUGAGCAACCAGAUGACGUGGAGGUUUUAGUAAAAUGUUGCUCUUGGUCCAGAAAUGGUGACAUGAUUUUGGUAGUAGCCAAAAAUAAGCUUUUGCUUUUUGAUACUGAAACAUGUGAUUUGUUAACGCAAGUCAUCGUCAGUCAUCACAGUACAAUCCAAUACUGUGACUUUUGUCCUGGUGAUGAGUUAGUAGCAGUUGCUUUGUCUCACUGUUCUGUUGAGUUAUGGAACAUUAAAUCUCUGUCAAAAGUGGCAUAUUGCAGGGGACACAUGAGCUGGGUUCACUGUGUGACAUUUUCACCAGAUGGAUCUUUAUUUCUGACAUCAUCUGAUGACCAGACAAUACGCAUCUGGGAAACAAAGAAGGUGUGCAAGUCUUCUGAUGAUGUGCUGAAAAGUGAACUAGAUGUUGUAUUUCACAAUGGUGAAGUGAUGAUUUUAGCAAUUUAUAAUCAGAAGCAUUUACAACUUAUCAAUGGAAAUACAGACAAUGUUAUUAUGCAGACAGCAGCCCAAGAAUCCCCCAUUUCCUGCUGUUGCUUAAGUGAAGAUCUUAAAUUUGCAGCUUUUGGACAGGAAAGUGGAACAAUAAAGGUACUACAGUUGUCAGAUGGGAAAGUUCUGAAGUCCUGGGAGGCCUACAGGACAUCCGUGCAGCAUUGUCAAUUCACAUCUGAUUGUCAGACUCUCAUUUCAAGUGCUCAUGAUUCAGUUCUACAGAUAUGGAAUUGGCAGUUGAGCGAACAUGUGUUUCUAAGAGGGCACAUGGAAGCAAUCAAGGAUUUUAGACUUCUGGAAUAUUCAAAACUUCUCUCUUGGUCAUUUGACGGAACUGUUAAGGUUUGGAAUAUCACUACUGGAAACCUAGAAAAAGAUUUUGCUUGUCAUGGAGGUGCUGUUCUUUCCUGUGCUCUUUCACCUGAUGGUAGUAAAUUUUCAUCUACUUCUGCUGACAAAACUGCAAAGAUAUGGAGCUUUGAAAGUUCAUCUGUUCUUCAUGAGCUGAAAGGUCAUGAAGCCUGUGUGCGGUGCUGUACUUUCUCUCCUAAUAACAAAUUAUUGGCCACUGGAGAUGACAAAGGAGAAAUAAGGAUUUGGGACAUUUUAGCAGGUGCAUUACUUCACUUCUGCUCCCCAGUUACUGUAGACGAAGGAGAACCAACUCAUGGGGGUUGGGUAACAGACCUCUCAUUUUCUCCUGACAGUAAAAUGCUUGUGUCAUCUGGAGGCUAUCUUAAGUGGUGGAAUGUAACUACUGGAGAAUCCUUACAAACCUUCUACACAAAUGGAACAAACCUCAAGUCAAUACAUGUGUCUCCUAAUUUCAAAGUGUAUGUGACUGUUGAUAAUCUUGGUAUUCUUUAUGUAUUACAGAAAUUCUGAUCAGUGUGCCGAACACUGCAAAGAUAACUAAUUUUUUAAGCUGGAAACAAAAUUCUGCUAAAUGUUUGUCUGACUCUCAUUAAGCUGUGAAUUAUAUUUCAUUGUUGUAUUCAUGAUGUUUUCAUGUAUAUUUAUGUACAUUUAUGUGUGUUUUUUCAAAUGAAGUUGCAUUUAAUCUUGGUUUUAAUAAGCAUUAUUAUAAUCCUUAAAUUUUGAUUUGCAUUUUAAGUAUGUUGUUUCCAAUUUUGUAAGGAAAUUAUAUUAAGAUUUAUUCAAAUUAGUUGAAGUUAAUAGCACUGAAAAAUAAUAAGAUUAUAAUACUUUGAAAUUAUAUUUUGUGCUGAGGCUGAUGGCUAAAUGUUCUUUAGUCAUGAACACAACUGUAUAAGGUGCAAAACCAUUUUUUUUUACUGGGAUGCAAGGAUUUUCACUUUGUACGGAAUGGAAAGAAGGAGGGGCAUUCUUCAUUUGAAAUAUGAAACCAGCCAUCUUGGUGCUUGACAUUCAAACCAAAUCAAGUAGCUGUUCAGUUUACAGCAGCAGUGCCUCCCACUUGUGGUAAGAAUGUUCAUGCUUCGAAUCUGUGGAGAUAAAGUGGAUUGUAACACAUCUGAGCUGUUCCUAUUAAGAGGAACAUCCUGAGUCUUGUUUUCUGGAGGAGAAAUCUGAAAGGAUACUGCAACUGAAGUGGAAGAGAUAGUGCCACAUUUCCAGUCCAAGGAUGAGUACAGCUAACCAGCUAAACUGAGAAUGGAAAUGGCUUAAAAGCUGUGUAUUGAAAAAUAUAAAAAAGGUGUGAAUUUAAUAGUUUUUCUUUUCUUUUGGAUUUAAAAUUCAGUUUAUACUAUGGAGGCACUUUGCUGUCGUCAGCUUUGUUUACAUGGGAUUCUAUGCCCAGUUGAUCUCUUGCCUGGUAGUAUGUGAUUUUUUUUUAAUUUAUUUUUAAAAUUUUUACAGUCUAUUUAUAGAUUCCGUAUAGGGUAGAAAUAUCGACAUUUUGUACUAAUUACACUUGACAAAUGUUUUGUGAAUAAUUAGGUAACAAUUUUUUCUUAGAUACAUAGUAAGCCUUUUUCUAGUCAAUCGCCUCUCAACUGCUGUAAGCAACUGCACAAGCAUUAAUAUGAUUUUCAUAUUUUUGUAGCUGGCAGUAAAACACUGUCUAACAACUUGAUUGUAAAAAGUACGGUAGCAAGUAUCUCAACUGAUACUGAAUAAUGAAAUUCUCACUUAUAGUAUUUUUUGUGUGCAUUUCAGAAGAUUUCAUAUGCAUUCUUAGUAUUUCCCUGUUUUUGACAAUCACCAGUUUUUCCUCUUUUUUAACUUGAAAUUCUGCUAUUUCUAAGGUGCUGUUGAAUACGGGUCAGUAUAAUCAAAAUACUGCUGGCAGAUAUGUAAAGAGAAGAAAUUAAAUGAAAAAGAACGUGAUGUUUUGUUUUCUAAGUGUGUACAAUAUUCAAUAAAGAUAAUCCAGGCAAUACUGGCCAAAGU